AUGUACUUCGGCCUGCAGACCGGCUGGGUCAGCACCAUGAGCAUGCCGGCCUCGCUGAUGGGCUUCGGCCUGUUCCGCCUGCUGCGCGCCCGCCUGGGUCCGCUGCCCUUCUCGCCCGUCGAGAACGUGCUCGUGCAGACGGUGGCGGGGAGUAUGGCUAUCAUGCCGUUGGGGUGUGGCUUUGUCGGCGUGCUGCCGGCGAUGAAUUAUUUGUUGACGCCCGAGGAGCAGGGCCCGAUUGUGUUGGGACUGGGGAAGCUGGUGUUGUGGAGUUUGGGGCUGUGUUAUUUUGGCGUGGUGUUUGCGGUGCCGUUGCGGAGGCAGGUCGUGAUUAGGGAGAGGUUGAAGUUUCCAAGUGGGUUUAGUACGGCCGUGUUGAUUAGUGUGUUGCAUGGGAAGGCGAGGGAGGGGGAGGGGGAGUCGGCUGGCGGGUUUGCGAGUCUUGCGGCGAGGGAGGGGGACGGGGAUGUACAGGCUGUGAGUGACGCGGAUGGAGAGGGUGUUAAGCAUGCUGAGUCAUGGAGGCGGAACGUGCGGUUGCUGUUGAUUUGCUUCUUUGUGUCGGGGGUGUUUACGCUUGCGACCUACUUCCUCCCGGUACUGAGGAAUAUCCCCGUCUUUGGGUCUGUCGCGGCCAGCUCAUGGCUGUGGACGCUCAACCCUAGCUUGGCGUAUGUCGGGCAGGGCAUCAUCAUGGGACCGGCCACCACGCUGCAUAUGCUACUGGGUGCCGUCGUCGGGUGGGGGAUACUCUCCCCAGUGGCCAAGAGCAGAGGGUGGGCACCCGCACCGGUGGGUGACUGGGAAAAUGGGAGCAAGGGCUGGAUUGUUUGGAUCUCGUUAGCCAUCAUGCUGGCCGAUGCCGUGGUCAGUUUGGGCUAUCUAGCGCUCCGCUCGGGGAAGCAGUACCUCCCUUCCUUCCAGCCGGUACAUAGCCGCGUCAAGACGUUGUUGGGUCGGAGGUCGCACGCAGGGUACACCUCGAUCAACACUGGCACCGAUGUCGACGACGCUACCUCGUCGCCUAAUCUAAGGAACAGGCCAGCCUCGGAGAGAGACGACACGCCUUUGCUCGGCGAACGCGAAGAGCAAGAUGAAGAAGAAGACGCGCCUGCCGACCAGCAGAUUAGCGACCGUCUCGUCGUCAUCGGCCUCAUCCUCUCCAUCAUCUUCUGCGUCGUCUGCAUCCACAUCGUCUUUGGCGAUCUCGUCCCUCUCUACGCCACCGUCACGGCUGUCUUUAUGGCCCUCGUACUGAGCAUCAUGGGUGUCAGGGCCUUGGGUGAAACCGACCUGAACCCGGUCUCAGGCAUCAGCAAGCUGGCCCAGCUGUUCUUUGCCUUGAUCAUCCCCCAGUCCAACAAGUCGAGCGUUUUGAUCAACCUGGUGGCUGGCGCGGUAUCCGAAGCCGGUGCCCUGCAGGCGGGCGACAUGAUGCAGGAUCUCAAGACGGGACAUCUGCUUGGGGCUGCACCGAAGGCCCAGUUUUGGGGUCAAGUUAUCGGAGCGACGGCGGGGGCUGUCGUCAGUGCCUUCAUCUACCGGAUGUACACCUCCGUCUACCAAGUACCAGGUGACCUCUUUCAAGUCCCCACCGGCUACGUCUGGAUUUUCACCGCCCGCCUGGUCACCGGCAAGGGCCUCCCACCCAUGGCCAAGGAGUGGGCCAUCGGGUCUGCCAUCCUGUUCGCCCUCACCACCGCCGUGCGGACCCAAACGGCCGGCAAGCGCUGGCACUCCCUGAUCCCGGGCGGCAUCGCCGUCGCCGUGGGCAUGUACAACGUCCCGUCUUUCACGCUGGCGCGUACCAUCGGCGGACUGCUGGCGUGGUGGUGGCGGUCGACGAUGGGGUGGAAGGACACGCCGUUGAUUGUACUUGCUUCGUAG